GUCGCCUCUUUGACAGCUGCGUUGAAAGCGUCGCCGCUCGUAAAAAAACUAUAAACAAAAACACAACCAGUUCGUGAAAAUUAAUUCCGUGUUUUGCUCCCUUUUACCAACCAAUACUCGCAACCGCCGAUGGCUUUAUUAGUUUUCAUGUGAAAAGCGCUCGGAAAAGUUACGCGAUGGCGAUGCCCGUCGAUAUCAACCGCCUGAACGACGGCUGGCUGGAGCUGGAAAGUGAUCCCGGUCUGUUCACGCUGCUGCUGGAGGACUUCGGCGUGAAGGGCGUGCAGGUGGAGGAAAUCUACGACCUGCAAAAGAACCUCGAGGGCCAGGUGUACGGGUUUAUCUUUCUGUUUCGCUGGAUCGAGGAGCGACGGGCCCGCCGGAAGAUCGUUGAAACGACCGACAUCUACGUGAAGGACGAGGAUGCGGUGAACAACAUCUUCUUCGCCCAGCAGGUGGUUCCGAACAGCUGUGCCACCCAUGCGCUGCUGUCGGUGCUGCUGAACUGCUCCGACAUCGAUCUCGGCCAGACGCUCAGCCGGCUAAAGAUGCACACGAAGGGCAUGAGCCCGGAGAACAAGGGCUGGGCGAUCGGGAACACGCCCGAGCUGGCCUGUGCGCACAAUUCGCACGCGAUGCCGCAGGCCCGCCGCCGGAUGGAUCGCAAUUCGGGCGUCAGUACGGGACGGUUCACCGGGGAGGCGUUUCACUUCGUUUCGUUCGUCCCGAUCGAGGGCCGGCUGUUCGAGCUGGACGGACUGAAACCGUUCCCGAUGGACCACGGGCCGUGGGCGGAGAAGGAAGCGUGGACGGACAAGUUCCGGCGGGUCAUGUCGGACCGGCUCGGCAUAACGACGGGCGAGCAGGACAUUCGCUUCAACCUGAUGGCGGUCGUGCCGGAUCGGCGCAUUGCCAUUACGCACAAGCUGAAAAUGCUGCGCACGAACCAAACGAUCGUGUCGGCCGCGCUGGAGAAGCUGCUGAAGUCGGAAAAGAAGGAAGCAACGAGCGCUUCAACGGCAGGCGGUUCGCGAACACUGAACGCGUCCGUCAAGAAGGAAGCGGACGAAACGACUCCGGUAAAGCUGUCCGACGAAUACUCAGAGCUGCUAGCGAUUAAGGAGGAAAAGCAACCGGAUCAACCGUCGUCCUCGUCGUCGUCGGUGGCCGUCUCAAAGGAGCUCGAAUCGUUCGUCUCGAUGAACAGUUCGUCCGAUUCGGUGGAAAUCAUCGGCGAGCCGGACAUCAAACCAGAGCCGGACCACUCCUCGCCGCCCUCGCCGCCCUCGUCGUUCAUCGGGGCGGGCACGUUUUCGCCGAAAGAUUUGCUGUCGCUGCUGAAGAACCUCGAAUCGGAAAUCGCCAUCACCGAGCAGCACCUGUGCGACGAGAACGAGAAGCGCGACCGGUUCAAGCUGGACGACUGCCGGCGCACGCACAACUACGACGAGUUUAUCUGCACGUUCCUGUCGAUGCUGGCGCACCAGGGCGUGCUGGCCGAGCUGGUCUCGCAGGAUCUGAUCGCGACGCGGAAACCGAGCAUGGGCGGCAUCCAGAACAGCGCCAGCCGGGCGAUCUCGCGCAGCUACAAGAAGGCGGCCACGAACGGCACGUCCCCGAAGGCGCCCGGGUCGAAGCGGCGCCGGGGCAGGGCCAAGUGUCGCAAGCGGAAGUAGUGGGAAAGCGUUUGCCGCGGGGGGCGUUUUGGGCGAUUUUAUUUUACUCAUCAUUCACUUUUGAUACUCUUCAUCCAAUAAAUUCCACAAUGUUACCCAUAGGAAAAAGAAA